AUGAUGAAGAGCGAUAAAGUUUCUGUAUCAAUUGUACUCUCUGCUGUUUUUGUGGCAUCAAUCGUAAUUGUGUUUGUAUUGGGAUGUGUUUCUGAUAAAAGUGGAAUUGGAUCAUUCUAUGUGAAUUCAGAAAAAGAGAUUAAAAUACCCGUAGUACAAUUGAUUACAACUCCUGCACGUACGCAUAUUGGUGAAUCCAGAGCUGUUCUUUCCUCCGAAUUUUCAUCUAAAUUCAAUUCUACCGCCAUUGUUACCAAAAGGAAAAAUAAUAAAUUGGAGCAAGUACUGGCUAACGUGAGAGCAGCAAUUCGGAAAGCAGCUUCAAUAAAAAACAAAUCAGUAAUCUUCAAGAAUAAUGAUCUCCUCUCCGGCCAAAUUUACCGAAACCCCAAUGCGUUUUAUCGGAGUUAUGAGGAAAUGGAAAGAAGAUUCAAGGUUUAUGUAUAUGAAGAAGGAGAAUUACCAAUAGUACAUGAUGGGCCAUGUAAAGAUAUAUACACAAGUGAAGGAAGGUUCAUACAUGAGAUGGAACAGGGUAACAAUAGGUUCAGGACAAGAAAUCCAGAAGCUGCUCAUGUUUACUUCAUGCCCUUUAGUGUUACAUGGAUGGUCAAGUACCUCUACCAGCCUAACACAUACAAUGUCACGCCACUCAAAGAGUUCGUGUCUGAUUAUGUGAGAAUCAUCUCAAGGAAACACUCAUUUUGGAAUAAAACUCAAGGAGCUGAUCAUUUCAUGGUUUCCUGCCAUGAUUGGGGGCCCGUCACUUCACAAGGCAAUGCACUUCUCUACAACACAUCAAUUCGGGUAUUGUGCAAUGCCAAUUCUUCUGAAGGAUUCAAUCCAAAGAAAGAUGUGAGCUUGCCAGAAAUACAUCUUUAUGGUGGCAAAGUACCCUCAAAGCUGCUCCAUCCCCCACCAUUUAACAGUUCAAGGCCACAUCUCGCAUUCUUUGCUGGUGGAGUUCACGGCCCUAUUAGGCCGAUCCUCCUUGAACAUUGGAAGGACCGGGUUUCAGACAUUAGUGUAUACGAGUACCUUCCUAAAGAUCUAGACUAUUACGACUUCAUGUUACAGUCGAGGUUUUGCUUAUGUCCUAGUGGGUACGAAGUUGCAAGUCCAAGAAUUGUUGAGGCCAUUUACGCUGAAUGCAUCCCGGUUAUAUUAUCUGAUCACUAUGUGUUGCCCUUCAGUGAUGUGUUAAGAUGGGAGGCCUUUUCGAUACAGGUUGAUGUUUCGGAAAUUCCUAGGUUGAAGGAGAUUCUGAUGUCCGUGUCGGAAGACGAGUAUACGAGGCUGAAGGAGGGACUCAGGGCUGUAAGGAGACAUUUUGUGCUAAACAAGCCAGUGAAGAGGUUUGAUGUGUUCCAUAUGAUAUUACAUUCUGUAUGGCUUAGGAGAUUAAAUUUAAGGGUGGGAUAA